CUCUCCCACUCGUCGAUCUCUGCUCCUACGUCAGAGCUAUACCGGUGACGAAACGCCUCAUUUUUGCGGACAAGCAUAUGCCCACGGCAACAAGCCCGGCCACCCACGAGAUGGCGCAUGAUCAACAAAAUCAUCAUGCUGGCAUCGUCGAUGGUGGUGGCAAAAAUGAUUAUAUUCUUCUCCAGCGCUUCCCACAUUUGCAUUUAGCUAGCAAUACCCCCAAAGGACGAGGCGUCGUUGCGGGGGCACCCAUUCCCUCUGGGACGGUCAUCGAUGUCUCGCCGGUGCUUGUGCUGGGCAUAGUGGAGAAUAUCGAGCACAUAGAGCAGACGCAGUUGUUCAACUACACCUAUAACUGGCCGUCCAAGAAUUCCAUAGGAGAGCCAAGGACCGCGCAGGCCGUUGUCUUUGGUCUCGGAUCGAUGUUCAAUCACUCUGCCGAGGAACAGAAUGUGGGCUGGAAGCGGGACCUGGAACGACGAGUUAUCGUUUACCAAGCCUUGAGAGACAUCCAGGAGGGAGAGGAACUCUGUAUAUCAUACGGGGAUCAUCUCACUUUUGUCGAUGCGGACGGCCCAAGAAGUCCGGUGACAGAGGAAGGCAGCGAGGUCCUUGGAAGGAUCUCCGUGGAAAUGUGACCGGCCCCGGAACCAAGAUGAGGAAGCUCGUUUCUGGGCAAUGUUAUGAGACCACGGCACCAGAUAUCCGGAUGCUACAGGAGUGGGUGAUUCUUUCUGUCAGAGGGACGAACCAGUGGACGGAUUUCACCUGCGAAGCAUUCUUCCAGCAUCGGAGCUGCGGAGGCGGUGGUCACAGUCCGGCUCCGGAAAAUGUACUGUUGCAUACUGUACAGAUUGUCUUAGCAUCUAAGGUGGCAGUAUCAACGUUAGCAGUCAUAUUUCAUCAUUUACGGAUUACGAGAGCAGUCUACUCCCUUCGAUUGCAGUGUGAGAACCGCAGACAGGACUAAGCCAUGCCGAAAGCACUUCAGGAGAGCAUUUCGCCGAAUCUUAGCGCUUGAGAAAGAACUCAACGUCCUCACUGCGCCCUUGACUGACG